AUGCAGAAUUAUAUUUACAAUAAUUGUAUGAAUGAUGAUUCUGUUUAUGAAAUUCUAUCAUCAUCUGGUUAUUCAUCAAUUGUGUCGAUAAUGUACUUGACAACAACAUUGCCCCAUUCGACGAAGGCGCUGCUUCGGCAGUACUUGGCCUCUACAGCAGCUACGAUCGCGGUGAUCAUGACCGGUAACGCCAUGGGCUGGCCCUCACCAACGCUGCCAUUGCUGCUUUCAAGCCGAUCUCCAGUGCCGAUGAAUACAGACGACACUUCAUGGAUGAUCUCACUCAUGUACUUCGGGAACCUUUUCAGCCCGAUCCCCUGCGGCUACAUGAUGGACAAAUGGGGAAGAAAGUUUACGCUGCUCUACCUUAACAUUCUCCCGUUGACUUCCUGGCUCCUGAUCCUCUUUACUAGAACAACUUACAUGAUAUUUGUGGCUCGCUUUCUAUCUGGCUUGUGGCUUGGUAUAGUCUACACUGUAGUGCCUAUUUACUUAGGUGAAAUCGCCGAACCUCGAAUUCGUGGAUCGCUCAGUACUUUUUUCGCUAUUAUGACUUACGUUGGUGUUUUGUUCGAGUACAUUGUCGGACCUUAUGUAUCCUAUAGUGCUCUUGCUGCAGCAUCCGCUGGGUUUUGUAUCCUCUUCGUUGUUCUUUUCCUCCCCAUGCCAGAAUCUCCUUAUUUCUUGAUUAAAGUUGGCAAGAUUGAAAAAGCAAGAGCUUCUCUAUUUUGGCUUCGAGGAGAUGACCCUAAAGUCGAUGAAGAACUAACAAGAAUACAAAAUGCCGUCCGUCAACAAAUGACCAAUAAAGGAACUAUCAAAGAUUUAUUUGCUACUAAAGGGAACCGGAAAGCUUUUUUCAUAGUAGGAGUUCUAUCUAUUCUACAGAGGUUGUCUGGAAUUGGAGCUAUGAUCGCGUAUACUUCAAUAACAUUGCCUAAAGAUGCACUAGGUUCGAUAGGACGUGAUGAAUGUGUGAUUAUUUUGGGAAUAGUUUGGGUGUUUUCCACUAUUCUUUCUUCUUUUAUAGUUGACAAAAUAGGAAGAAAAGUAUUAUUAGUAGUUUCAUCGAUAGGUUGCGGUGUAUCGACCUUUCUUGCAGGUCUGUGGUUCUUGAUGAAUGAUAACCUCAAGAUGGAUGUGAGUGCAUAUAGUUGGGGUCCAUUCGCGUGCUUCAUUCUUCACGGUUUCUCUUAUUCAAUAGGACUGAACGCUAUUGUGACGACAAUCAAAGGAGAAGUUUUUUCAGCGAACAUUAAAGGUGUUGCGUCUGCUCUAACUACGCUUAUGUUAGCGAUAGCUUCUACUUUUCUUAAUAAAUCUUACCAAAUGUUUGCCGAUUACGCUGGCAUGUUUCUUAAUUAUUGGCUCUAUGCCACUGGUUGUGUGCUGGCUAUAAUAUUUACAUUGACUUAUGUUAUUGAAACGAAAGGAAAAACUCUUCAAGAAAUUCAAGAUAAAUUAAAUGGAAACUGGCACAAGGAAAAGGAUCUUCAAGUUAGUAAAUUAUGA